UAUGGCUUUAAAGGUAAACGAGGGCAGAGAGAGGUGCCUUGCUUUGCUGUAUUCAAGCUAAACAACGCCGGCUUAAGGAAGACUAUCCACUAUUAUUAUAAAUAUGGGAAUCGAGUUUCAUUCAAAGUUGCACUUCUGUGUUAUUAUGUAGUAAUUUGGUGGUAAAACAGAUACCUACAAAUUGCAGAAAGUGAGAGAUGGCAAGCCCGAAUCAGCAACAUCAGCCAGAAAUUUCUCAACCAUGGGGCGGCGGGAGCAACCUCAACGAUGACAAAAAUUUUGACGAUCAGCAGAAACCUGGAUGGAAAAAGUUUGUGGCGUUUGUAGGCCCUGGUUUUCUUGUCUCAAUGGCUUAUAUCGACCCUGGAAGCUUGGAAACUGAUUUGCAAGCAGGAGCUAAUCACCGAUAUGAGCUAUUAUGGGUAGUUCUUGUCGCAUUAAUCUUUGCUCUUAUAAUCCAGUCCCUUGCUGCAAAUCUUGGAGUAUGCUCUGGCAAACAUUUAUCAGAAUUAUGCAAGGCUGAGUACCCAAAAUAUGUCAAGUACUGCCUGUGGUUGCUGGCCGAAAUAGCUGUCAUAAACGCUGACAUCCCAGAAGUGAUUGGGACAGCCUUCGCAUUAAAUAUACUCUUUCACAUCCCAGUAUGGGUUGGAGUUCUCCUCACCGGCUUCAGCACUCUCUUGUUGCUCGGCCUGCAAAGAUAUGGGAUGAGAAAGCUGGAAAUGUUGAUAGCAAUAUUCGUAUUCAUAAUAGCUGCUUGUUUCUUUGGAGAAAUGGUUUAUGUAAAGCCUCCUGCAGUUGAUGUCUUCAAGGGCCUGUUUAUUCCCAAGCUAAGUAGCCAAGGCGCUGUAGGCGACACCAUCGCCCUAUUGGGAACCACCGUCAUGCCGCACAAUCUGUUUCUGCACUCAGCUCUUGUGCUCUCCAGAAAAGUGCCCAAUUCUGUCCGUGGCAUAAACGAUGCGUGCAGAUAUUUCCUUAUAGAGAAUGCAAUACCCCUAUUUGUAGCAUUGUUAAUCAAUGUAGCGAUGGUGUCCAUAACAGGCACUGUUUGCUCAGCCCCAAAUCUCUCAGAACAAACCAGGGAUCAAUGCAACAAUAUAACACUCGACUCCGCUUCUUUCCUCCUUCAGAAUGUGUUGGGAAAAUCGAGCUCGAUUGUUUAUGCCAUUGCCCUGCUUGCCUCAGGGCAAAGCUCCGCCAUCACAGGAACUUAUGCUGGACAAUUUAUUAUGCAGGGUUUCCUGGACCUGAAAAUGAGAAAAUGGCUAAGGAAUUUGAUGACAAGGUGCAUUGCAAUUACACCAAGUCUCAUUGUUUCAAUCAUUGGUGGACCUCAAGGGGCAGGAAGAUUAAUCAUCAUUUCUUCGAUGAUACUGUCAUUUGAACUGCCGUUUGCUCUUAUCCCUCUUCUAAAAUUUAGCAACAGUAGUAGCAAGAUGGGACCCCACAAGAACUCUAUUUAUAUCAUUGUUAUUUCAUGGAUUUUGAGCUUGGGAAUGAUAGGCAUCAAUGUGUAUUACUUGAGCAUAGGAUUUGUAGGUUGGCUAAUCCACAAUGACUUGCCGAGAGUGGGAAAUGUGUUCAUCGGCAUUAUAGUGUUUCCCCUUAUGGUCGUUUAUCUAUUAGCAAUCAUCUAUUUUGCUUUCAAAAAAAAUACUGUUGUAACAUUUAUUGAACCAACAGAGGAACACCUAGUAGCCCAAACUAACAUGGAGAAUAGGCUUGCAUGCCCUAAUGAGCAGAUAGAAUUGGAACUGGAAUGUGUACCUUAGAGAGAAGAUUUGGUCGAUAUCCCUCUACCACAAUAGAGAACUGUGUCUUCCAAUGGAAAAUGGUUUCAAUAAUCAACUAUCAAAAGGGAUAGAUAAUAAGUUCUUGAUAGAACUAAUAAUUAAGCCAUAAUGAUAUGUAUUUUGUAUUGUAUAUAUGUGAAAUGUUUUUAAAAGA